GAUAGUAGUUGUUGCAGGGAUCGUCUAAUUUUAGGCUUUGUUGUUGCGGUUCUACAAAACAUACGGUCAACAUAAUUUUUUUCUUCGACUUUUACACAAGGAUCCAAUUUUCCUCACAGCAAUUUAGACAUUUGUGAACGCAUCCCAGGCCACUCAGGCGUCAGUUUUUGGUUUAGUUUUUGAGGUUAUGUUUGGUGACCGUUACUCGUUGUCAGUUUGUACCUGAUUUGUCGCGCUUAAAACAGUCUCUGGCCAAAUGUCUUGUCUGGAAUAUUCAGACAGCGUUGUGUGGAAAGCCCCUUCGAAUAACCAUGUCCACAACUGCAACUACUGCCCAUUCGUUUCCACGUCACUAUUUCUAAUGGUAAAUCACGUUAGGAGUCACCGUUCUUCCAACACGCCUUUCGAUUGUAAAGACAACAUUAACACAUACUUCUGCAAAGAUUGUGACUUCCAGACAAACCUUACUUUAUUUUUCAAGAAACACAUCGAAGAAUAUCACAUCGCAAAGCCGGAGAAUGGCGCAGAAUCUUUCCUGUCUGUGCAGAGUUACAUCUGCAAAAACUGUUCUUUCGAAACCUAUUUUUCUCUAGCGUGGUUCAAGCACGUAAUAACAUGCAAACGUGCAAAACCGCCCCGUGUUGUUAAGAGUGAAGACACGCCGUUGUUCAAGUGUGAACAUUGUCAAUUCACCACCAAAUAUAAAAACAGUAUAAAAAUACACACAAAGUCUCACUUCAAACCGAAAAUAAAACAGCCGCUUCCCUGUAAAUACUGCGGAAAAACUUUCGUCCGGAAGGCCUGCUUGCGAAAACACGUGAGAAGCGUUCACAGCAAUCGAGCAAAAUUUUUUUGUGAUAUGUGUUCAUACCAAAGCAGGGAGAGAUCCGAUCUCAAACUUCACAAAAAGCUACAUUUAAAUUUAAAAGUGUUCAAUUGUGAAAAGUGCGACUUCGUGACGAAGAACCGAGGCGGUUUAACAGCGCACAAUUAUUAUAAACACCAAGAUCAUGACGAGUGGUUCAAGUGUGACCUAUGCAAUUUCAAAACUCGGUACAGUUUGAUAUUCAAGAUUCACCUUUCUGCCAAACAUAAACCUGAAGAUGGAGAUGCGAAGUGGUUGUAUUGCUACCAUUGUUCUUACAAAACGUUGAACAAGAUCCAUUUAGUGCGACACAUGAUUGUUCACCACAAGGUUAAAAGUAGAUACCAAUGUGACCAAUGCCCGUAUCAAGCCACCGACAUGGCUCGACUCCACACGCAUAAAGCCCGACACGUAGAAACUGUUUAUUGGCUGAAAUGUGAAGACUGUCCUGUGAGACUAAAAUCCGCCGACUCGUUAAGAGUUCACAGGAGAACGAAGCACGAGCCGAGUCAGUGGUUUGAAUGCGAGCAUUGCAAGUACACAAGUUUGUGGCUCUGCCAUUUGAAGCGGCACAUCCUAAGAAAACAUACAAGUGAGGAUCAGCUCGAGUGGUUGAAGUGUGAACAGUGCGACUAUAAAACGAUUACUAAAACGUAUUUAAAAUUGCAUGUACUGUGCAAACAUACACCAGAUGAGGAAAUUGAGUGGCUUCAGUGUAAUUUUUGUCCGCAUAAAACUAAAACUAAGAUGUCUUGGCGAUCCCACACGAAGAGCAAACAUGGGAAGCUGAUUAAACCACCGCAGACGAAGUGGUUUGAGUGUAACCAGUGCAACUACGCCUUCAAAGUGAAAAAGCACUUCGAGGAUCAUAAGAGAUUGGUACAUUCCGAAAAAUAAAUUGACUCCAUGUUGCGUAAAACCUUGUAUUUUUUUUUUUUUGUAAUGAUACCUAAAAAAUCAAUAAAAUUAAUUUGUAUUUA